UGCCCCAAUUGGUGUUGUUUUCAAAGGACUGUGCCAUCAAUUGAUCCAAUCUUUGACACAAUAAUUGUCUGAUUGUCUCAAAACAUGUCUAAUCGGGAGUCGAAGGUUGGCGUCCGGGAAAGGGAUCUGUUGUACAAAUUCAUGAUCAGUCAACUCUUCUACGACGGCCACCAAAACCUGGCCAUCAGUUUGUCGACUGCGGCCAAAGUGACGGACGCCUGUCCUCCAUCUGAUCGCUUGCUUAAUAUGGUCUCAAAUGUCCUCAAAUCAGAAGAAGACAGUCCCUCUUCUGGUGGAGAUGUCAUACAUUCUGGUUCUGGCAUUGAUCUGGACUUCGAGACGGAACGCACCGGUAGUUCAGUGCAGACGAGUCAGUACGAGACGGUGUACGUGACGUCCCAUAAGGGCCCGUGUCGUGCCGGCGCCUUCUCACCCGAUGGACAACUCGUGGCCACCGGUUCUGUCGACGCGUCCAUCAAAAUACUGGACGUCGAGAGGAUGAUAGCGAAGGGCUGUCCCGGGACUGACAUACAGGAGGCGUCCGCCCAAACGGAUACCCAUCCCGUGAUUCGCACUCUUUAUGACCACAUGGAAGAGGUGUCUUGCGUUCAGUUCCAUCCGACGGAACUGUUGUUAGUCUCUGGAAGUCAUGACAUGACAGUCAAACUCUACGAUUACGCCAAACCAUCGGUCAAAAGGGCUCUCAAAUCAAUUCAAGAAGCGCAUAUCGUUCGUUGUCUCGCAUUUCAUCCGUCGGGCGAUUACCUCCUCGUAGGGACACAACACCCGACUCUCCGCUUGUAUGACGUGAAUACCGCCCAAUGCUUUGUGUCGGCCAUAACGUCGGAUCAACACACGGGUCCCAUAACUCAAGUGAAUUACUCGCCCAACGCUUCCCUGUAUGUGACCUCAUCUAAAGACGGAGACAUAAGGCUUUGGGACGGAGUGAGCAACCGGUGCAUCAAUAUCUUCCCGCGCGCUCACGACGGAUAUGAGAUCUCUUCCGUUGUCUUCUCAAGAAAUGCUAAAUAUGUGUUGUCGAGUGGAAAGGACUCAUUAGUCAAGUUAUGGGAGCUCUCAAUGUCCAGGUGUUUAAUCGCAUACACAGGUGCCGGUGCUUCUGGCAAACAGACUCAUAGAGCACAGGCCUGUUUCAAUCACACCGAAGACUAUGUUCUGUUUCCGGACGAGAAGUCUACGAGUCUUUGCUGUUGGGACUCACGUAAUGCCGAACGACAACAGCUCUUAUCGUUAGGACAUAACAACGCCGUUCGCCAGUUCUGUCACUCCCUAACCCAACCGGCAUUCCUUACCUGCAGUGAUGACUAUAGGGCCCGCUUUUGGUAUCGCAGACCCGAUAACAUCAUUUCCAUUUUGUUCACUUUGAGUGUACUAUUGAUUGCAUCAAAUGUGGAAUGUUUUCCCAUAUAUACGGACACAUUAAAGAAACUACUGGUGCCCGUCAUUGCCUACAGAUCUGCCCUCAAAUUCCUGCAAUACGGCCGACGACUAGAGGCCUCCAAAAAGGAGUUCGAAAGCCUUACCGGAAGACGACUCGGAUUUGAUUUGGACGAUGGCUUGGGAUUGGGAUCAGUUGGCGAUCUCUUU